CGCCUAGCCUCGCCUCGCUUCUUCUCUUCGCUUCUCUCUCCGCGCGCGCGCGCCGCCCGCCACCGCGAGGAGGGGGGAGAAUGGCGGGGGCGGUGGCGAACGGGGCGGGGGGCGGAGGAGGGGUGCCGCGGCCGACGAACCCGAUGGUCACGCCGCUGCUCACCGACCUCUACCAGUUCACCAUGGCCUACGCGUACUGGAAGGCCGGCAAGCACCUCGACCGCGCCGUCUUUGAUCUUUACUUCCGGAAAAAUCCCUUUGGUGGUGAGUUCACCAUUUUUGGUGGCCUAGACGAGUGUAUAAGAUUCAUAGCUAACUUCAAGUUAACAGAGGUGGAAAUAAGAUUCUUGCGAUCAGCCAUGCCUACAUGUGAGGAUGGCUUCUUUGAGUACCUUAGUUCAAUUGACUGCUCAGAUGUUGAGGUUUAUGCCAUCCCUGAGGGUUCUGUUGUGUUCCCUAAAGUUCCACUGAUGAUAAUCGAAGGACCUGUUGCGGUUAUCCAGCUUCUUGAAACACCAUUUUUAAGUCUGGUCAACUAUGCUUCCUUGGUUACUACCAAUGCGGCAAGACACCGACUUGUGGCAGGAAAGUCAAAGAAUUUACUUGAAUUUGGACUUAGAAGGGCCCAGGGGCCUGAUGGGGGAAUCAGUGCAUCAAGAUAUUGUUAUAUGGGAGGAUUUGAUGCAACAAGCAAUGUUGCAGCAGGAAGGUUGUUUGGGAUACCAAUACGAGGGACUCAUUCGCAUGCAUUCGUGAGCUCUUUCAUGGGCCUUGAUGACAUCAUUGACAGAACACUUGCUAGUUCUGAUGGUUCAAACAAAUGUGAAGACUUUGUUUCUCUGGUGGAGAAUUGGCUUGCCAGGAUUAAGGAUGGUUCAUUGCAUGGUACCUUUGGUGAAACAAAUCUAAGUGAGUUGGCUGCAUUCACGUCAUACGCACUGGCAUUUCCGAAUUCUUUCCUGGCUUUGGUGGACACAUAUGAUGUCAUGAGAAGUGGAGUGCCAAACUUCUGUGCCGUUGCUUUAGCCCUCAAUGAUAUGGGGUAUAAGGCCGCUGGAAUUAGAUUAGACUCUGGUGAUUUAGCAUACUUAUCUAUUGAGACUCGUAAGUUCUUCCAUGCAAUUGAAGAAGAAUUUGGGUUUGUUGGCUUUGGGAAAAUGAAUAUUACAGCAAGCAACGAUCUUAAUGAAGAAACAAUUGAUGCUCUAAACAAGCAGGGCCACGAGGUAGAUGCAUUUGGCAUUGGUACCUACCUUGUUACUUGCUAUGCACAAGCAGCACUUGGUUGUGUGUUCAAAUUAGUUGAGAUUAACAAACAGCCUCGCAUUAAGCUGUCUGAAGACGUGACAAAGGUAUCUAUACCAUGUAAAAAGCGAUGCUACAGGCUAUAUGGAAAAGAAGGCUAUCCUUUGGUUGACAUAAUGACUGGAGAAGAUGAGCCAGCCCCAAAGGUUGGUGAGAGGCUCCUGUGCCGGCAUCCCUUCAAUGAGUCAAAGAGGGCAUAUGUUGUUCCACAGCAUGUUGAGGAGUUAUUGAAGUGCUACUGGCCUGGAAAUUCAGCUAAAUCACGGGAAGAGCUGCCAUCCAUUAACGAAAUCAGGAGUCGGUGCAUGGCCUAUCUGGACCGUAUGAGGCCAGACCACAUGAGGAGGUUGAAUCCAACACCGUACAAGGUUAGCGUGAGUGCCAAGCUGUAUGAUUUCAUCCACUUCCUGUGGCUCAACGAAGCUCCGGUAGGCGAACUGCAAUGAAAGAGUAGCGGCUUAGCGUGUGGCUCAGAUGGCUUUUGCAAGAAGACUCCGGCUAGGGCUAUGCUGCACUGUCCAUGCUCUAAGUUCAAGUAUAAUAGCAGACUAUAAGCUGACUAUAUGUUUAUACGAAAGAGAGAGGAUGAGAGAGAGUGUAAAUAUGUUGUUAGCUUGUAGCCAGCUUGAACACAGGAAUCAAGUAACUUUGUGAGAGUGACAUGUGGAUCCUGCAUUAAUGAUGAAAAGCUAACUAGUAUAUGUGUGAGCUAAAAGAAAACUAUAAAAAAUUUUAUAGCC